CAGCAGUGCUGCUACCUGACGGAGACAGUUCAAGCGAUCAUUAGCCGGUUUCCCUGCAAUGCCUCUCAGCUGGUCUUCGAACUGGACUCAGAGAAGAGGGCUCAGGUCACCUGCAACCAGAUCAUGAUCCAGAUUAACGACCUCCAGAAGGAAGUCACCAUCCUCCACAAUCUCCUGUUCCAGAUGAACGAAGCUGGAGAUUGCUGUCAUCUUCCUCAGCCUGGUUCCCGUGGCAACUGGAGGAUGCAGUUUCUAACCAGAGUGGCACUGAGCGCCCUUGGAGCCACCUUCCUCUUGCUCUUCUACCAAGCUUUCAGUGGGAAGGUUUAGCUGCAGACCCACAGGAAUAUCUUUUAAUGUCUCUCCUUCAGUUAAUGAGGUCCAUCAUAGUAUUUUCUGUUGGACUGCAGCGGAUCUGCUGCCUUCACUUGUUUUAGGACUGUUUGAGAGUCCAAGUGUUACCUGUUUCAGAAUGUUUGGCUAGGUUCCUAUGCUGGAGAAACCCCAGGAACCCCCAGGUUCAGUCACCGUGUGAAAUAUCCUAAUGUUAACUAAUUGUUUUCAGUUUAAAAAAUAUUUUUUAAUCCAGAAACUGAACCUCAAAACAUAAUUUGAAUUUACUUUAAACGUCAUUUUCUCUUCAUUAAACAUGUUAAAUACAAUGACCAGCCUUGAUGCUCGUUGUUAAAGGGGGGAACAGAUUUCUCCAGUCAGACUGGACUGAUACUAUAGACUUGUGCUGCAGCAAAUACAAAGUGGUCUUUGGUUUUCUUCCACGGGGAUCAUGGAGAAAAUCCAAUUUGCCCACUAAUCUCAUGUGGUCAGGGUCUCCGGUGACACCAGGGCCAGAUCAAAGAUGGAGGAAAUACUGUGUGACGGUGGUACUGAUUUCCAGAGACACUUAAAAAAGGCUGUGAUAGAUAAUCCAAUUAAAAUGGACACAUCACCUUUAGGUGGGAGAAUCAGUGUGAUUGUUUUAAACUCAUUCCUGAGUUAGACUGACUCAUUGCUGUAAAAUAACAGUGCGUCAUGCUUUGGCCAGCAGAAGUAUUUGGCACUUGUGGAUCAUUUCAGUAAGUCAGUGAGCUGUCUCGUAUUAAGUAGGGUUUUCUCGAGUUUUGGCCUAAAAUUAAAGUUACUGAGUAAUGAAAAUGAGCUACAUGAGCUCCCAGAGGAGACGGGUCAUUCUGUAAGGCGGUUGUAGCUGAAUGAUCGGCCCUCAGAUCAAUGAAUAAUAAAUUAGUCUGUGUCAGUGACCUCUACUGUUCCCGAGCUCGUGAAAGAUAGACUUUUCCUAAGAAAUACCGUGCGCAAAGAAAUAUAUCCUGUGCUAAAGAGGUCAGUCUUCUUCCCACGAGAUGAUAAAAGUGCGCAGACGUCGUGUUUCCUGACUUUGAGGGCGUUAUACACCCUGAAUCCCCGCUCGACGGUUUCUGCUUCGUUUUUUGUCCCAGGUUGUGUGUUUUUCUGCUGACUGACAUUGGCUGUGUGAGCAGGAGGAGUCCUCCCACAGGCCGGCUCCUACAGCGCGUCGGUGCAGUGCGCGUCGAGUCCAUCAGCCAUGGAGCUCCGGGCUGGACGCGGGCCAAGCCUGUCUGGUGUCAAACCAGCCUGAACAGAUAACUCUGAGACAUCUCAUUCCUGAGACGGGACUGCGCCCACCCUUUGUGUAAAGCAAUUUAAACCCGAUAGCACAUCAUCUGCCUAUCUCUGCUGGACUGUCAGACAGACGGCUUUACUUUUUCAUCUUAAGCACUUUGCCAUCGCGCACAGCCCGAGCCAGCCAUGGCUUUUACGCGCAAACCUCCGUCCACCGUCCCGUGAUGGUAUAUCCUUAAUCCAAGCGUGUUAAAGAGACUCAACAGGUUGUGAUUUCUCUGUUUUAUAUUUUUCUUUCAUCCGUGGAAAUGCUGCGUCCAGACGCAUAAAGAGCCAGAGUUUGGUUAAUAUGAAUUUACUGCCAAGCGGAAUAUGUUUCUAUUUAUCUGUGGCAGUCUGCUGGCUGACGACGGAGGUCGAUGCGUCCUGGUGGUACAUGGGCACCCUGGGGUCUCAGGUGAUGUGUGACAACAUCCCUGGUCUGGUGAACAAGCAGCGGCACCAAUACCCCAAAGUGAUGCAGGCCAUCGGGUUCGGGAUGAAGAACUGGAUCUCAGAGUGCCAGCAUCAGUUCCAGAACCACCGCUGGAACUGCUACACCGUGGCCAGGGACCACAAUCUUUUUGGACGCCUGCUGCUACGCAGCAGCCGUGAGGUGGCCUUCGUCUACGCCAUCUCCUCAGCCGGAGUGGUUUACACACUGGCACGAGCCUGCAGCCGGGGCGAGCUGGACUCCUGCUCUUGUGAUCCCACUAAGAAGGGCUCGUCGCAGGACGCCAAGGGCUCUUUUGACUGGGGAGGCUGCAGUGACCAUGUGGACUAUGCCGUGCGCUUCAGCCAGGCCUUUGUGGACGCCAAGGAGAGGAAGGAGAGGGACGCCCGGGCCCUGAUGAACCUGCACAACAACCAAGCUGGCAGGAAGGCAGUGAGGCGCUUCAUGACUCUGGAGUGUAAGUGUCAUGGUGUCAGUGGGUCGUGCAGUAUCCGGACCUGCUGGUUGGCCAUGGCCGACUUCCAACGCACCGGCGAUCACCUUCGCAAGAGGUACAACAACGCCGUGCAGGUGGCUGUUAACCAGUACGGCACCGGGUUCACUGCCAUGCACACAAACUUCAAGCGACCCAGCAAGAACGACCUGGUGUACUUUGAGGACUCGCCAGACUACUGCAUACGAGACCACGAGUCAGGCUCGAUGGGGACCGGAGGGAGGGUGUGCAACCGGACAUCUCGUGGCGUGGACAGCUGCGAGGUGAUGUGCUGUGGCCGAGGGUACGACACGUCACAGGCCAGCCGCACCACCAAGUGCGAGUGCAAGUUUCACUGGUGCUGCGCUGUGCACUGCCGCGACUGCCACCAGCAAGUCGACGUGCACACCUGCAAGAGCCAGACGUGACCUGAACACUACUGACGAUAAACCAGCAGUCGCAAAGGAUCACGGUGCUACUGCCACCUUGACUGCUGAGCUACAAGUUUCCCAUCUGAAAUGAUAUUCUGACUUUGUGCGAGGCCCCCGUUUCUGUGGCAGAGCCCCUGUCAGGCAGCAGCCAGCCUGGGUUUCUGUUGGAGUCUGGCCAACUUGGUUUUCAAAAGCUGACUGGCUCAAUCAGAAUUUAAAAAGGCCC